UAUUUGGUCAGGACUUAAAUGACAUGAAAAAAGUUCAAUGGCACGUGAAAAGUUUAGAUUAACCUCGUGUAGGGUUUGCCAAACUGUUGAAAGCAUCUUGCCAAACAUCCAACUUCAUGUGGUUACAUCAGAGUUAAGUGGUUUUAUUCAUGUCAAAAAUAUUUACUAUGACUGAAUCAACCUGACUACACAUUUAGUUACAUGUAUAAUAACAUUUAAUUACACUAAUUUUAAAGAGUCAUGUGAGGUAAAAAUAGCUCCUUAAGUUAACAACAAAUGAAUCAUGCGCUGUUGUUUGCAUGUUAUCAAAUCUCUUUCCAAAAUAACAAUAAUCGAUAAACAAUGAAUAGCCUUUUUAGAAUGUAGUUUCACAUCUAUUCAGUAGUCUGUAUUACACCUGCCUUAACUUCCUCAUAUCCAGAAACACGCACAUAAUUAUACAAACCAUUACUUGCUAUUGGGCAGUGUCAAAAUGUUCAACUUAAACUACACCGCCUAUAAUUGAGAAAGCCACGUGCGAAAAUGUGUUUGGGAGAAACUGUGUCACUGGGCCACGAGGCUCUUGGUGGGGUCACAUGGACACAUUUCGAGCCUCGUGCAGCAGGGGCGAACCCGUUGCGCCUGCGCACAUCGGAUCGAGGCAGUCUGAGCAAAACCGGGCCGACUUGACAGAGCACUUCAGAUCGACACGGAUUGGUCGAGUGAAUGGACGGGCGCCCUGCGUGCGACACUUUCAUUGAAUGAAAUACAUUUCCUUGAAACACUAGCUUAAAGCUGUGAACUAGUCUUCAUUCUUUUCAGCAUCUAUUAGAUGCGCAAUUGUUUUAUCUGAUUUUAGGAGGGUAACUACAAAUAUGAGUCGAUUCUGAAUAAGAACCGAUCUAAACGAAAAUAGAACUGCAUCUAGAGAGACGGAGAGACAGCAUCACUUGUCAAGGUGUUGCAGCUAAUAUUCUUCCUUGAGUAGCUGAAUGACUUUACUGGGGCUCAAUAUGACCACAGCAGUAGACACGAACAACACAGGUGGGGUAAUAUCGUACAUCGGAUCAUGCGGAGGUUCCCCGAACCGCACCAGCCCUGUGUCCAUGUACAGUGAAAAUUCCAACAGCAGCAUGCAGUCCUUCUCACAGCCCUGCUUCGGAUUUCCACCAUCCCCCAAUGGAUCCCACGAUUCCUCGCGCAUGUACACCAGCAGCAGCAGCAGUUCGAGUUCGGGAUCAGGUGAGGACGGAAACUCCUCAUGUUCUGGCGGAUCCCCGAGAGGCCGUGACGACGGCGGAAGUGCACGCAACUCUCCCAACAAAUCAGUCGCCACACUUACCAAGCUGAAUGGAAUGGUGUUGUUAUGCAAAGUGUGUGGAGAUGUGGCUUCUGGAUUUCAUUAUGGUGUCCACGCCUGUGAGGGAUGCAAGGGUUUCUUUCGACGCAGCAUCCAGCAGAAUAUCCAGUACAAGAAGUGCCUAAAAAACGAAACUUGUACAAUUAUGAGAAUCAACCGGAACAGGUGUCAGCAGUGCCGCUUCAAAAAGUGUCUGUCUGUGGGCAUGUCCCGUGAUGCUGUUCGUUUCGGCCGUAUCCCUAAACGCGAAAAACAGCGGAUGCUCGCUGAGAUGCAAAACGCCAUGAACAACAUGGUGAACAAUCAGUUGCAGAACGAAUUCCAGUUGGCCAGCAUCACAUCCAACACCCCCUGUUCUUCUUCUCUAUCCACUUCCUCAUCUUCGUGCCCGAGUCUUACGGUGGGACCCCAGGCCCUGGCAGGCCCUGUAGCACCGUCUCCUUCCCCUACAGCUUCCCCUUCAUCCCCCACAGUCUCCUCUUCUCCACCGCUUUGCCCCAGCCCAGGUGUUGACAGAACGAUAGCAGCCAUAACCAGGGCACAUCGCGAGACCUUCAUCUACGGCCAUGAUAAAUUCGGUCAGACGCUGCUGUCUCAUAACGAAGAGAUGGACAACCGAAGCAGCAACCGCUGUGCGGCCGGAUACCACCUCAAUGGCCAAAACACCAUUUACCACAAUGAUAAUAACGUUAACCAUCAUCGUAACAACUUUGAGGCAUCACCAGAAAACAGCCAUCAUUUUCAUUCCUCCUCGGUGUCUGGACAUCUCCCGCAUGGAGUGCUGCACAAUAACAACAGUAACAUCCACGGGGUUGAUCAAGAAAUGAACGGCAGCUCCCAAGGUCAUAACUGUCCGUGGAAAAACCGCAAGGAGAUUUUGCUGGCUUGUCCAAUGAACAUGCACCCUUACGCAGACCCCAACAAAACGCCACAGGAAAUUUGGGAAGACUUUUCUCUUAGCUUCACGCCAGCUGUGCGAGAGGUGGUGGAGUUUGCCAAACACAUCCCAGGAUUCAGCACAUUAUCCCAGAACGACCAGGUCACUUUGCUGAAAGCUGGAACUUUUGAGGUCCUCAUGGUACGCUUCGCCUCUCUAUUCAACGUAAAGGAAAAGAGUGUAACAUUUAUCUCUGGUGCAAACUACAGCCUGGAGGCUCUGAAAAGCAUGGGCAUGGGCGAUCUUCUGGGCAUCAUGUUUGACUUCAGUGAAAAACUUAAUGCAUUAGAGCUGUCAGCAGAAGAGCUGGGACUCUUCACUGCAGUGGUGCUGGUAUCUGCUGAUCGCUCUGGAAUUGAAAACGUGAAUUCAGUGGAGAUCCUUCAGGAAAGUCUUAUCCGGGCCCUUCGGACCCUCAUCACCAAGGGCGGCCCUGGCGACGCCUCCCGAUUCACCAAGCUGCUGCUCAAGCUUCCAGACCUGCGCACGCUGAAUAACAUGCACUCGGAAAAGCUGCUUUCAUUCCGGAUUGACGCGUGAAGUCACAGAUCCCCUAGUGGUAGUUGGUCACCACAGAUGAUGACUAGAUGGAGAACUGGUAGAAGAGAAACCACCAGAGAGCAGAAUGCAUUGGAUGACACAUCUGAAAGGACACUUAAAGGCAAUAGGGCGUAAUUGCCAUUAAUUGCCAGAUAGAGGGAAAGACUUACUCGAAAUUGCUACAACCCAUGAGGUACUUAGCACAGGUGACAACUCUAUAUGGGACCCUUGGUCAAACAGAGGAAUGCAUUGGGAACAAGUACAAAAUGCACCAGCUGCAAAAUGUUUUCUUGUACCCAGGGUUCCUGCUCACCAAUAUGUACAGAAUAAAAGAUCCUUUUAACUAUAAUGCAAAUUUUAAACUAUAUGUGGUUUUAUCCUUCACACAUAUUUCUUGUGACUUUAAUGUAUGUAAAUACAUGUAAAUAAUAUAUACAUAUUUUAAAUGUAUUACAGUGUAUAAUAUAUAUUUUUUUGUAAAGUUUAUGUGCUAAAUGCAAAUUAUAUAUAUAUAUAAAUGGGCACAAACAUAUAAGUAGAAUGUAUGAAUAUUAUAGAACAACAUCCAGAUAUGUAUUUAAGAUGUCAUUUAAAUCAUAAAAGGCAUUUUAUGAAAC